AAAGAAGUGCAUUGGAUGGUGUGUAAAAAUUAAAGUGGACAAAUAAUGUGAGAGGGAGGCACAUAUUCCUUCUGUCUUUCAUUCAUCGUUCUCUUCUUCAUCUCUCCCUCGGCCACUCCUUAGGUAGUCUGGUUUGGUCUGGAAAGCGGAUUCCCCAAUCUGAGAGAGAAGAUAUGGAGACACCGCAACUACAGCCGAUCAAGAUGGUUAUAAAUCGUGGCUAUGAACAAGGGCAUCGGCGAAGCAAAUCCCAGGGAAGUUUGUCCCUGGAUCUAUCCCCCGAGCAAAGACAUUUGUUCCAGGCGGGCUCUAAAUAAGGAAAUUUUUACUGAAUUCUUUUGUUUUGUAUAUACUUAGAUUAGGUUAUAUUUUAUUCCAACUAUCAGUGGUUUCAUUGCUGGAGGGUUUAUGUUUAUUCAAGACCUCCACAGCCACAUCCUUCUCUAUAUGUAAGUUAUUGCAUUACAUCUUAUUCGUUGUCAUUCUCUGUCUAUAACUUUGUAACUUAUUGCAGGGAAGCUUGUCCCUGGACCUACCCCCGAGCAAAGACAUUUGUUCCGGGUUGGCUCUGAAAAAAGAAAAUUGUCCCAACAGCUGGGUUUGGAUUAUACAAUUGGUUCAUAUCCCAAAAAGAAAAAAGUACCUCGUGAACUGAAUGUGGCAGCACAGGGGUGGACUGUUUUUAGGAUGCUGAUUCCUGCAAAGGAUGAUGGUGUCAUUAAAGGUUACAAUAGUCUCCUGAAGUCACAUUUUGAGAAGAACAAUGUUGAGGUUGAUUUCCAGUUUGUAGCUGGAGUCGGAGUUGUUAUGGUAUCCGCAAAAAGGGACUCUAGACACUCCACCGCUCAUGCUAUUAAUGUUUUUGGUGAGGUUCACCAGUAUUUUUUGCACACCCUGACUUCUGAGGAGCACUGCUUAACAAGACUGCUUGUACCGGCUGCACAUGCAAAAAAGUUGAUUGUUUUUCACACUUUGAAGGCCUAUCCAUGCACACUUGCUAUCUAUCUAGCAGAUAACUUGUCAGUUUUUUUCGCCUGGUGAUGUGAUUGUUGAUGCGGAAGGGGAGCGCAGGGGUGUACAUGAGGCUGUUCAGUCAAUGCUUUUUUAUCUAGGAGAGUUUGCAGUUGAUGAGCAGAAGUUGUCGGAGUAUAAAGCCGGGAAUGGCAUUCGUCCAUCCUCUUACGAAAUAUGCACAUCCAGAAUUGUAUAUAAUGGGCCUCGAGCUGAGAGAAAGCAUGAGAAUGUAGACUCAUCGCGCAUUGCAGUGUCGCAUAUUGACCAUAUCAUUGGUAAAGACGGUGCAAAUCUUGGGCUUUUAUGGGAAUCAUUUCCGGUAACCGUUUACUUGAAACCCAUUUCUCUAAGGUAAUGUUUGGCAACUAGCAUUUCAUUUCAAUUCAUGCAUUUCAAUUCCAAAAUUUGAAAUCCUGAAUUUCAAAUGACAAGGGGCGGUGCAUGGAUUUCAAAUUAAGCUUUGUUUUGAAGGUAAAGAAUUUGAUUCAAAUCCAAAUUCCAAAUGCUUAAGUUUCCCAAACAUGGAAUUUAAGUCAAAUUCGGAUUUGAAAUCCAAAUCCAUGUUCCCAAACAUACCAUAAAAGAAAUGUUUAUUUCUUUUACUGCUCUAAGGUACGAUGAUGUGAAGGCAGCUGAGAAUGUAAUUCAGGAUUUGGUUUUGAGAAAAGUAAAGAAAGAGAAAAUGGGAGAGGAUGUUUUUCCGUUCAUAUUUUCCAGGACGCGAUGUAAUGUGCGUUAUGGCUUUUUCACAUAGCUUAAAUAUUAGGUUUUGAAAUGAAUGUAUUGACAUUAUACAUUAGGGGUGCGAUGUAAUGAAUACUUGUUUCAGAU